AUGAUUGCGUCACAAAGAGUUCAAUUCGAUCUAGCAAUGGAUUAUCAUGAACAUGCAUUUCAGUUCGAUCGUGUACGAUUUUCUCAGCAUGCAAGACUUGCCGUUGACUAUAAACAUCUUGGAGCUCGUUUUAGAGAGAAGGGCUUGUAUGAGAACGCUUUACCACAUUACAACAGUGCGCUCGGUAUAUUAACCGGUCUUUACCGUGAAGAACAUCUGGAAGUUAGUUAUAUUUAUGGCGAAAUGGGCUUCGUGUACAGUCUAAUAGACGAUUUCGAAGAAGCUCAUAAUUGCAAACAUAAAUCUCUAGAAUUUUUUCUUGGAUAG